CUCUCCCAAACCACCCAUACUCACCAUGUCUCUCCGCCACCUCCUCCCAAGGACAUCGCUCCGCCGCGCCUACGGCACCGUGCAAUCCACCCCCCCCAAUGCCGCCGCCCUCGCCCACCGCGUGCCCGCCGUGCUGCAGGCCGCGACAGACGCCACCAGCCCGCGCACCAACUGGACCAAAGACGAGAUCCAGCAGAUCUACGACACCCCCUUGAACCAACUAACUUACGCUGCUUCCCUCAUUCACAGAAAAUACCACGACCCAGCCGCAAUCCAGAUGUGCACGCUCAUGAACAUCAAAACCGGCGGCUGCAGCGAAGACUGCAGCUACUGCGCGCAGUCGACGCGGCACAACACAGGCCUGAAAGCGACGAAGAUGUCGCCAGUAGACGAGGUGCUCCGCGCCGCCCGCACCGCCAAAGCCAACGGCAGCACGCGGUUCUGCAUGGGCGCCGCCUGGCGCGACAUGCGCGGCCGCAAGACCAGCCUCAAGAACGUCAAGGCCAUGGUCUCCGGCGUGCGCGACCUGGGCAUGGAGGUCUGCGUCACCCUCGGCAUGAUCGACGAGUCCCAGGCCAAGGAGCUCAAGGACGCGGGCCUGACCGCCUACAACCAUAACCUCGACACCUCGCGCGAGUUCUACCCCUCCAUCAUCACGACUCGCAGCUACGAUGAGCGCCUGCGCACCUUGGCGAAUGUGCGCGACGCCGGCAUCAAUGUCUGCAGUGGCGGCAUUCUGGGCCUCGGGGAGAAGGAUGAGGACCGCGUGGGCUUGAUCUAUACCGUCGCCAAUUUGCCCAAACAUCCCGAGAGUUUCCCGGUCAAUGCCCUCGUCCCCAUUCCCGGUACGCCCCUGGGCGAGAGGAAGAUGAUUGCCUUUGAUAAGUUGUUGAGGACCGUUGCCACUGCGCGGGUUGUGCUCCCUGCGACGAUUGUCAGGUUGGCCGCGGGGCGCAUCUCGUUGAGUGAGGAGCAGCAGAUCGCUUGUUUUCAGGCCGGCGCCAAUGCGGUGUUUACCGGCGAAAAAAUGUUGACGACUGAUUGUAAUGGAUGGGAUGAGGAUCGCGAGAUGUUCGACCGUUGGGGCUACUAUCCUAUGAAGAGCUUUGAGAGGGAGGGCUUGGAGGCGCCCGCGGAGAAGGUCGUCGAGGUGGUUGAUGAGGUCGCGAAGGUCGAGAAGGAGUCUGCGCAGGUCGCGGCUGGGUUGUGAGUGCUUUUUUUUAGAGUCUGUUUGCGUUGCGUUGCGUUGCUUGUUUAUAGGGUGGGUCUCAGGAAUGUG